AUGGAGCCUAUAACGUCUUGGAGUGCGGAAAGAGUGAGCGGGUGGCUCAAAGGUCUGGAUGCCCCUCUGCAGCAGUACCCUUUUGAAGAGUGGCAGCUCUCUGGAAUGGAUUUACUGCAGCUCUCCUCUCAGGAUCUGGAGCGACUGGGCGUGCGCAAGAUUGGCCAUCAGGAGCUUAUUCUUGAGGCUGUGGAGAAACUGUGUGCCCUGACGUACGGUAUGGGCGGGGAGAAUCUGCGCAGCCUGACGGAGAAGCUGCAGGCAGUCGCCCGCUCCCUGCAGAUGGGCAUUCAGAGCCACUGGAGAGUGAACACUUAUGACGGCCAAAGUGCCACCAAACUGCCAGCCAAGGUGUUACAGGCCGUGCUUGAGCUUAUCACAGCAGCAAAGGGGCUUUUCUCUCUACUGAACAGGUACCAGUAUGCCCAGCUGAAUGGCUGCACAGCCAGCAGAAACAUCAUAACCCUCUGUCAAGACCUGGGUACCACUGUACACAAGGAGAUAACAGUGUUUGAAAAGGAGAAGGACAUCAUAUCUAUAUGUCGUCAGUUGGUAGCAGUCUGUGAUGAGAUUCUGUCCAGCAGUCCGGAGUCACUGCUGAACCACACAGCACAGCUUGAGAGUGUGGACCUGGUGCCAGCUGCACCAGGAGACCAACUGGGCAUUGAGAUUACCUCCACUGGCUGCAGUAAUCACUAUGUCACAGGAACACUUGCUGAGUCGCCAGCAGAAUUUUGUGAGAAGAUCUUGGCCGGAGAUGAGGUCAUACAAGUCAAUGACCAGAUAGUGGUGGGCUGGAGUAGGAAGAAUCUGGUUAAGAAGCUUGAGGAGAACCCAAAUGGAGUCACACUGGUUCUGAAGAAAGUUCCAGUGUCUCUGAGGCGAAAAGAGAAACAAGAGGUAGAAGAGGAGGAGGAGGGGGAGGGAGCAGGAGAAGACAAGAACAGACAUUCGAUAUUAGAGAGGGUUGCAGCCUCUGUACGGUCUCUGUCCUUUAGGUCAGCAGUUUCUGGUCCAGAGGCCAGACGGCUGAUGGGACAGGAGGAAUCUGAACUCUCUGUCGACCAAACCAUUGAUGGGACCCAAACAUACACCUCCCACCCCGAUUCCCAGGGGACAGACUCAGAGGAUAUAGAAAAGAACCGUCUGGAAUUGGAAGUGCCAGCAGAACGUAGGAGCCCAUCCCCACACCUACAGCACCUAAGCAGAGCUAGUGUCAGCUCCUGCCCAGAGAUGGCUGGACACAAGGAUGAAAAAGAAACGAAGAAGACAUCUACAAAAGGCACACGGACGGCCAUGAGCCGAAGGCGGGUGUCCUGUCGAGAGCUGGGCCGGCCUGACUGUGACGGCUGGCUGUGGAAGAAGAGAAAAGAUACCAGUGUGUUCACCACCCAGAAGUGGCAGCGCUUCUGGUUUGUCCUCAAGGGAGACGCACUGUAUUGGUACACCAGUCAACAGGAAGAGAAAGCAGAGGGUCUCGUCAACAUCGGCAGUUACAGUAUUGAGAGUGCGGGGGAGCACAAAAGGAAGUAUGUAUUCAAAAUGUGCCACCAGCGUUUUCAGAAUUUCUUUUUUGCAGCCGACAACGUUAAUGACAUGAGCAAGUGGAUCAACUGUUUGAUCACAGCCAUACAGAAGCAUAAAAAGUUACACCAUGGGUGUCCAGACAGUGAAGAAGAGUGCUACAGUGAGACUGAAUCAGAGGAGGAGGGGUCUCAUUCACCACGCUCUCAUAAGAAGAAAGUGUCUGUGAAAAGUCAGGCUAACACACUUCCUCGAACCAAGGGGAAAAAGAACAGGCAUUCAGGUGGAGCUGCCACACCGCCAUUGACCACAGGGGGGAGCAAAGUAACAGGUGCCCCAGAGGAUGAGAUGGGUGAAUUGUUUCACAAGCUUAAGGAGGGGGGAGUAUCUCUGAUUGGUCAGAAACAGCCUCUGACGCACGACCAGCUCCGUCGGUCAUUCAUUCGUCGUAACAAGAACCCCGUUAUAAACGAAAAGAUUCUCACACUCCGCGCUCUGCAGAGCACUCUCAAGGCGAAGGAAGCUGAACUGCUACUCAUUAACAAGAUCCUGGAUGAUUCCGAGUUGACGCCUGGGAAGUUCCGUCAGUGGAAGCAAUGCAACGAGGACCUUUACCUGGAGAUUGUAAAACUGGCAGCUGAGAAAGAGAGAGCGCAGGCAGCUGCUGCAGAGGAAAAGGUUGCCAUGGAGACAAUCGGCGGCAGCGACGGUGCGUGCGCUCUGAGCCUGAGUGAAGGGGAACAGCUGGUGGAUGCCGAGCUGCCAGUCCCGCACGGCGACACCGAUGUCUCACACCCACAGACGGAGCCAGAGACCCAACCUCUGGUUACACAGACUGCGUCACAGACGACAAACACAGCCUAUGGAUCCUCUGAAAACUACUUUUAUAUAUGAUGCACAUUAUGAAAGAGCAACAGAGACAUGUGAAAUGUGUGUGGUUUUUUUUGUUUUUUUUUUUAAAAAAGUUAUUAAUGCAUAAGAGAUACUCCAUAGAGGCACACUAUUACCUACACACAUAUUCAGGCACCUCAGUAGAGAAAUACUUACAUAUUGUGAUCAUUCAUCAAAGAAAUCUUCUAAUUCACAUGGCAUGCCAUCAUAAAACUGCCUACGUGUGUGAAAGGACUCAUCAGAGAACUGCCGACUUAUAAAUAAUGCUACUUUGCUGCUGACACCCCUACUGUCUCUUUGCUUCAUGUUGUCAUCACUCACCAGCCAAUCAAAGUCUCUGAAAUCAUGAUCACCUGAGUCUAAGGGUGUCUAAAAUGUUGCCCCCAUGCACUGUGGGUACGCUUUAUGUUUACGGUUAGAUUUCCAGUAGAGAGAGAAGGUUCUGGGCUCCUUCUGCAAAGGGGUGAAAUUAAACAUGUGCAUUCUAGCACAGGUCUUUAAGGAGUAAAUCUGAAUAUAAUUUGAUAAUAUGAGAAAUGAUGGAACUUUUCCAUUAUGGAUCUUGUGUAGAUUCUGCGUCUCUAUUCCUGAAAUGCCAUAUCCGGAUAAAAAAAAGAAAAAAGCACUGGGCGGCUGUGGUGUGAGUUGACUGGUGUGUCUGUGUUUGUAUCUAUUGGAGGAGCAUGACAAGGCCAAGCUCUAUGCCGUGGAGCUGUGUACGCUCUGUUUGGACUCUGAGAUGUUUUAUACUGAAUGAUGACAAAUUAUGAAAGAAAUCAGACG